AUGGGCACCGUCUCUGAUUGGAUUCAUUCGUUACCUCCUUUCUCUGAAUUUUUCCCGCUUACCCCCAACGCGUACUCCACUCUUCUAUCGAUAUUCCAGUACUUUCCAGUUAUAACAGUAUUCCAAUGGCUCACACCCUUCUACCCCCAAGGAAAAACCUCCCUCGCGAGCUCCCUCCUGAAUUUCCCCGGCCGUUACGCAUGGUGCUUCAUGGAGAGCAUCGGCAUGUUCAACAUGCUCUACAUUCUCCAAACACACUAUCAAACCCUUCCGAAUCUCCUAUCAUUAAUGCCAAUGUGGAAUCAGUGCCUUGUGGCUCUCUACCUGCUUCAUUAUCUUAAUCGUGCUUUUGUCACACCCCUAUUUUUCGCCCCGAGCAUGUCGCCUAUCCACCUUAUUAUUAUUAUGACGGCCGUUUUUUACAAUUAUUUUAAUUCCAGUUGCAUUGCCGGGUGGCUUCUAGGGUACGGCCUGCCCAUUAGCUCCUCUGGCGAAAAGAUUGGCUCCCCAAACAUUCCACCAACCCACCCAUGGCUUGUAUACGCUCCAUACGUCGGCCUUGCGAUUUUCUUCAUCGGAAUGUACUACAAUAUUUCCGCUGAAAGCACCCUUUUCCGUCUACGCAAGGAAGAAGCCCAUCGUCGCCAGCAACUGCAAUCCUCAUCGAAGACUAAUACUGAGAAAUCCAUCUACGACAAAGUCUACAUCAUUCCACCGCCUUCUGGCCUGUUUCGCUCCAUCCUCUUCCCACAUUAUGUGUUUGAGUGGCUUGAAUGGUCUGGAUUCCUCCUUAUUGGGCUCGCAGUAACCUCGUCGCCUUCAGGCCAGCCGGCUGAUGCCGCCUCAACAAUGUCAUAUAUUCCCCUGGCUCCGUAUUAUGGGCCUUUGGCAAAGUUAUUUUUGCAGAAGUUGGCUCUACCGUUUCCAUUUCCUCUUGUUGUGUUCUUGAUCAACAGUAUCUUGACCACUGGAGCGAGAGCGGCGUGGGGAAGAAAGUGGUACACGCAGCGGUUUGGCGAGAACGCAGUUGCUGGACGAGGAGCGUUUAUUCCAUAUUUUCGGUGGCUAUGA